AUGCCUCCAUUCUUUGACGGCGCCCAGAUCCGCGAUGCUCUUCGAUACCAAGCGAUCCCCGCCAUCGAGGCUCUUGCUGCCAACGAAGACCUGCACCGCCGGUCGCUCAGACGCUUCGAGCGCGAUGAUCCUCCGCCCUACGCAUCGUCGACUGACUCGUCAGAGCCAGACGACACUCCGCUCUUGUCAUCCGACGAAAUCGACGCAAUCCUAGACCCACCAAUCACCGAUCAAGAACGAGAUUGGAUGGCCCAAUUCAUGGCAGACAUCUUGCAUCCUGGCAAGGUCUAUUACAAGGAGUGCCAAAUCGAGGCUAAACGGCUAGACUACUACCGGUCUAGAAACGUGAUAUUCAGCGGAAAGAAGGGCAGAGAGCGAUUUGGCGUCAUCGUUCGUCGCAACGUCAGGCAUCGCUGGGAGAAACUCGGCAUCUGGAAUCCUGCCUGGGGGUUUCCCGGCCGUAGCCUGGAGCCCAAGGACCUCAUCAGCACGUGGAACUGGUGGUGGCGACAGUCCGGCCCCUGGAAAAAGAGUGAUGGGGAGGAGCUCGUUGACCGUGCUCUACGCCAGCGCCAGAACCUUCGUCGCGGCGAGAGCGUACCUGUACCUCCACGCUCUCACUUGGAACACGGCAUGGACGCGUCUCAAGCCGACUCUUUCAUCGUGACCAGACCUUGGUUUGUAUUCCAGCUCGAACUAAACGAGGAGUCCCUAAAGUGCCGGCGCCGCCUCCCCACUGCCCAAAGACAUCAGGUUGACGAGAUGAGUAUCCAGCGUGUGAACGGGUGGUGGAGAGACCGCGGCGACUGGAGAAACGAGUUUGACAGCACUCAAAGACUUACCUCGUGGAAAUGGCGGCAUGAGUCUCCUUCCCCAGAACCCGAGGAUAUCACGGCCUUCGAGCCAACCAACAACACUGAGGACAACCCGCUCGACACAAUGGACUUGACCCCCUCGGAAACUGAUGCUCUAGAGACCAUUGAGCUGCCGAGGUCCGAACAGCCCAAGAAGUUCUGGGCCAUAUUCUCGGGAGACUUCCCGCCCUUCUUUCCUGGACAGCAGCAGCCGGACCCUGCCGAGGACCAGACUCCUUCCCCAAGGUCUCAAUCUGCACUCCCGGCGUCAUCGCCUCCCGGAUGGGCUCUCUUCAGACCGACGACGCCAUUGCCACAAGAGCACGUCGAGGGGCCACCAGAAUUCCAAGAAACUUCGUCACAGCCGCAACAAAACACUUCCGCCAGUCCUCCCCCUCAGAAGCCACGACGCCGGGGCCGGGGCAGACCACGACGCGGGGCAGGCAGGGCCCAGGACCCGCAGUCCCCCUCCCUGCCGCCUCGCCGCCACAAGGCCCGCCGCCCCACAGCCUCCUGCGCGGGAUACUCCACGUACCAAGCCAAGGCCCAUCCCUGCGCGUCCUCCGGUCCUUACGGAGCCUGA